GAAUCGCCCCGGUCGUGGUCUGAACGACUGCAAAAAAGCUCUCUCUCUCUCUCUCGUUGCACAGAAGCCGUCUUAAAAAGCAAAUUCUCCUCCUCUUUUCUGAGCUCCCUUUCUACUGUUGAAUCUCUGAAAUUCUUCACUGUUCCCAUCUCAAUCCGGUUCUUCUCCUUUUAUUGUACACUUCCACAGCGUCCAUCCUUUCACCUUCCUCUUCAAUCUCUCUCGCAGACCUUCCUGUCAAGUGAAUGUCACCUGCAUCAUCGCUGAAGCGCGUCGUUUGAAGGCUGGAGGAUUGGACUCCUGGAUUUCUUUCGGGUGAUUGAAUGGCUAAGCGUGGAUAUAAGUUGCAGGAAUUUGCGGCUCAUUCAUCUGGUGUCAACUGUUUAAAUAUUGGAAAGAAGGCAUGUAGGCUUCUUGUUACGGGUGGAGAUGACCACAAAGUGAAUUUAUGGGCCAUUGGUAAACCAACUUCAUUAAUGAGCCUGUGUGGUCAUGCUAGUCCGGUAGAAUCUGUAACUUUUGAUUUAGCAGAUGUUUUGGUACUGGCUGGAGCUUCUACUGGUGCAAUGAAGCUGUGGGAUUUGGAAGAAACAAAGAUGGUUCGCACUCUUACCGGGCACAGAUCUAGUUGUACUGCUGUUGAAUUCCAUCCAUUUGGUGAGUUCUUUGCAUCUGGUUCACUAGACACUAAUCUAAGGGUUUGGGAUAUCAGAAAGAAAGGAUGCAUUCACACAUACAAGGGCCAUACUGGAGGAAUUUCUACUAUUAGAUUCACUCCUGAUGGUCGCUGGGUUGUAUCUGGUGGAUUUGACAAUAUUGUGAAGGUAUGGGAUCUAACUGCUGGAAAGCUGCUGCAUGAUUUUAAGCACCAUGAAGGGCAUAUUCGAUCCAUAGACUUCCAUCCUCUCGAGUUUCUCCUGGCUACAGGUUCGGCAGACAGAACUGUAAAAUUUUGGGAUUUGGAAACAUUUGAGCUGAUUGGAUCUGCUAGACCAGAGGCAACAGGGGUGCGUUCAAUUACUUUCCAUCCUGAUGGAAGGACCCUCUUUUGUGGAUUGGAUGAGAGUUUAAAGGUAUAUUCUUGGGAGCCUGUUAUUUGUCAUGAUGCUGUUGGCAUGGGGUGGUCAACGCUGGGUGACCUUUGUAUUCAUGAAGGAAAACUUCUGGGCUGCUCUUACUAUCGGAAUUCUGUUGGAGUUUGGGUGGCUGAUGUUUCACUUAUUGAGCCUUAUGGAGCUGGUUUGGUACCCGAGCAAAUUUACUCUAAUAAAGAGCACAAGUUUAAUAUCAGGGAAAAUCAAUCUUCAGAGAAAGUAGGGAGUGGUUUAAGGUCUACUGGUUUGCAGUGCAGGUCUCCAGAGCAUGAGAGUAAAGAUAUAAAGAACAUAUAUGUGGACUCUUCUGCCGGAAGACCUGUUGGUUUACAAAGAGUUGGGUCUUUUAAUUCUCAAAAGCUGGUACCACCAUUGGAGUCCAAGGAAAUCAGUUGUUUACCAGCUCAAAAGCAGAGUCCUGCCAUGGGCACACCUGCAAAAUCUACUGGGCAAGCGGUUAGUAGAUCUUUUGUUGUGCCAAGUGUUGUACCCCGGGACAGCUAUGAUGGGAAAUAUUCAACCAAUUCUAGAAGAGAAUCUAUCUCAAUGGCUAGGUCUGAUACUGGCAUGAUGCACAAGACAGCUCACAGACGGAGGCCAUCAAACAGCAAAUAUGACAUGGAGAGGUUGUCAAUGGCUGCAGAACCUGGAACAUUUGUCAAUAUGUCAAAUGAACUAGACAAUUCAGUGGAUUCAAAAUUUAACACCAGGCUUGUAUUAGAAGAUGAAGCUAAAGAAUGCUCCGAGGAAAAACACACAAAUAUGAAGACAGUGGCAGAGAAGUUCGAAAAAACUUUAUCACCACAGAGUUUGAAUUGUCAAGAGAACCAUGAUGAGUCCCUUAGUUGCAGCAAUGGAACAAAUUCUGUUAAAAUUGUAAAUGGAGUUGUGCUUGUAUCUGGAAGAACACGCUCUCUGGUUGAGAAGUUUGAAAGAAGAGAAAGAUUUAGUAGUGAUGUAGACCAAGUCACUAAUACUUCACCUCAAAUGAUGCCUGAAACAGUUAAAACAUCCUCUAUGUUGAAAGGACAACCUCAAAUUUCUGGAAGGGAUGCACCAUCUUCAAAUGAUGAGAAUGUUACCGAAGAUCUGGUGCAAAAUCAUGAUGUAGUUUUAAGUACCCUCCGUUCUCGCUUGACAAAAUUACAGGUGGUGCGGCAUUUUUGGGAACGGAAUGACACUAAGGGUGCUAUUAAUGCAAUGAGAAAGUUGCCUGAUCAUUCUGUGCAAGCAGAUGUGAUCAGUGUUCUCAUGGAGAAAAUGGAGUUUCUCAACUUAGAUCUGUUUUCAUGUUUGCUGCCCAUUCUUACAAGCUUACUAGGUAGCAAGAUGGAAAGGCAUGCAAAUGUCUCACUGGAGAUGUUAUUGAAGCUUGUUGCUGUCUUUGGGCCAGUAGUGCGUGCAACAGUUUCAGCACCUCCAUCUGUUGGCGUUGAUCUUCAGGCUGAGCAGAGGCUUCAAUGCUGCAACCAGUGUUCUGUCCAACUACAAAAGAUCCAGAAGAUUCUACCAUCACUUAUAAACAGGAGGGGUGGGGUGCUGGCAAAAUGUGCACAGGAGUUGAAUCUAGUACUUCAAGAGUCAUAACAAACAUCGCUGUCCAUCCCAUUUCUACCGAAGCAUGGGGGCAGUUCAUGUCACCCUUCGAUAGAGUGCUAGCUGGGGUGCCGCACUUCAACAGUACCAAAACCACAGAUAUAUAGCUUUGGAUAUCUCACAAUUUUGUCUUGCUGCUCUCCAUUUUCCUCACCUGCCAUCUGCAUUUGUGAGUAACCAAGCACGAUGACCCAAGAAUUGUUGUUGAGGCAAAGCACGUAUAGAGCCAUAUCUUCGCUGGCCACUAUAAUUGCUCGGCAAAGUGAGUAGUCAUCAUUCUGGUCUUCAGAUUCCAUAGAGUGUGUAAAAGUCUCGUGAUCCUAAUUCUUUCUAAGAAUGGAUAUUGUUCCUUGAAUCUUUGAUUCAAUUGAUAUGUAACUACAUGCAAAUUCUUUUGCACACUUCUCUUCGCAAUAUUCAAUGAAAAUUUUAUUUGUUUAUCCGGACUCAA